AUGAAAAAAAGUAAUGAUAAAGAUAAGUUAAUUUUACUUUUCCUUUUGGCCAAGAACGACUUUCAAUCUUCUCUUUCACUUUCCAAUGAUUUGUUCAACAAGGGAUUAAGAUUUAAGCUUCUUCAUAUAAGAUAUCCUCAAUCAUAUGAAGACAUCCUGUCUGUUGUUGAUUGGAUUUAA